AUGCGAGAGUUUUUGAGGAUAUUUUCAGCGUCACUUUUGCUCUCAUCGAUCUCAGCCGGAUAUCUCUACGAUCGAUGGGGAAAUGUCAAUGAUGAUAAUGCAGUGAAUAGUGUUUUUGAGAGACCCCGUCCUCCACCGUCCUCUCCUCGUGGUUCCACCUCAAACCUUGGUUGUUUCCUUUGCACUCAAUUAUUAUCUGUGACGAAACACCGUGUCGGUCUCUCUCAAAAUCAGCUUCGAAAUGUGCUCUACGAGAAGUGUCGCGUGCUUCCACAGGUCUUAAGGGAACAAUGUUUCACUUUUGUCGAUCGAUCGUUGCCGGAGAUUUAUUUCUCUUUGAACUACGAUUUCUCAUCGAAAAAUGUGUGCGUUACGCUGAAUUUGUGCGAUGAAGCGAGUCCAUUCGCGAUCGCCUCCCCUCCACCAACCCUUCCCCCUCCACCACCAUCAACCACAACCGAACUUCCCCCCACCUCCACCAAUUCCCUCCAUUCCCUCCAUUCCUCCAUUCCCUCCAUUCCAUCAAUGCCAGAAGAAAGAAGACCCGAUCAGUCAGAGAUCCCAAAAGGGACACCAAUCACAAUGACGGACCCACCGCCGUCCAUCCGUCCCCCACAAAUCCCAUCGACAAUCCGCCAAUCUCCCCCUUCUCCCCCUUCUCCACCCUCACCUCCAUCACCACAAAUCCCACAAAUUCCCUAUAUUGAGACGGGAAAUGGAAAUGAUCGAAGAAGAGAAAGAGAACGAGAGACAUUGCAGGGGAUGAAGGACAGGAUUGGGCACAAGAAUGAGAAUAGAGAACAGUUGGAACAAAAGCGAAUGACGUGUAAAUUCUGCGAGCGAAUGUUGGAAAACGCUAAACAGUACGCAGUGACGGCAAAAUCAGACAUCACCUCAUUCGCCAACAACGCUUGUGCGCAAAUGCAAAAGGGACGGACACAGGAUCAAUGCUACGAGUUGGCCGAUAAGAAAAUCGACGAGUUGGCGAAAUUCGUCGAUCAUCAAGUGAUCGAGGCGCUUUGGUGUGCGGAAUUGAAUCAUUGC